AUGGAGCACAUAGUCCUGAGCCACAUGGCUAAGUACCUUGCUGCAAAUAACAUCAUCAUCGACAACCAACAUGGUUUCCGUGAGAAAUUGUCGUGCGAAACACAACUCAUACAAGCCGUUGAUGACUGGGCCUUUAAUAUCAACAACAAACAUCAGACGGACGUCUUGUUUCUAGACUUUAGCAUGGCCUUUGACAGAGUGGCUCAUCGCAAGUUGUUGCACAAGCUUGAAUACUACGGCAUCAUAGGCAGAGCCAAAGCAUGGAUCCAAGGUUUCUUGAGUGCCGACACAGCCAGACCAAUCAACAUAACCUCAUCUACAUGCAACAACUCACCAGAGUUGACUGCUACCUCUAUAGCCCUUUCCCGAGAGCUGUUCGGAUUUGGAACAGGCUACCAGUGGCUGCGGUUACUGCGACCACCUUGA